AUGCCGCACUCCCCUUUGGAGGACCUGGAGAGUCAUGAUCGGCUUUUGAACAAUAACGAUGAUCAUCCCCAUAAGGAGGAAAGCUGGGAUGUACACAAUGAGCAAUCUUCGAAGCGGGGACAGCUCAACUAUGUAUCUACUAUUGGAUGUAUAUCUCUCUUACUCAACCUUAUUUUGAUUGUCUCAUUGCUCUGCCUGUGGGUGAGAACAAGAUCACCCUUGCCUCCCUGGCCUGACACUCUCUAUUCUCCGGCCCAGAAUGCAGUCGAGUACGAAAUAGUCACUUUCAACUCAGAUUUCCCUGAAGACCACUCGGGAACAACCGACUUCUAUGGCGCGUCCCCGAAGGCAGAAGACGCAUGGAUAAAUCUGAUGAAACCUUAUCUCGUUAGGAUAUCUGGCCAAGAAGCAUCACGAUUAUCCCGUCCCACGUCGCAGAUCUUCAAAGAUCCAGACUAUUACAUCACCAGUCUUGAUGUAUACCACCAACUCCACUGCCUCAAUGACAUUCGGAAGAUGGUGAGGGACUUCAACUCGACAGAGGGAGGUCUCGAUAGACUACAAACUAUGCACAAGUUUCACUGCAUUGACUCUCUUCGGCAGAGUCUCAUGUGCAAUGCUGACUUGAGUCUUAUUCACUGGUAUUGGGCACCUCAAGUUGGGAAGAACUUUCCAAAUGCGACCACAACGCAUAUCUGUAGGAAAUGGUCGUUGGUUGAAGAAUGGGCGAUGAACCAUAGGCUUGAUCAAGAUGAUUAUGACCCAAGAACGCAUAUUGAGUAA